GCGUGUUCAUUUGUGUCCGCCGCUGUCGUCAUCUCCCCAUGUUAAUGUUUUUAUGUUGUUGGUUGGUUGUAUGAGCGGCGCACUCGAGAAUUGUCAUUGUUUUUGUUGCCGCAGUGUUUUCGUUAUGCAUUUUCGGGCUCGCUCGCACUUGUUGGCGUAGUCGACUUUUCCCCAAUUGUGUGUUUUCGUUCGUUCAUUGAUUUCCUAAUUAAGUUUAUAAUUAAAAUUAAUUGAAAAAUUACAUACACACACAAGCCCACUUUUAUGUAUGCAUGAAUGAGCGUCAAAAUGUAAAGUGUUUGAUUGGAGAAAAAAUUAAUAAUACACGGGCGCGUUAAGACUGGAAAAGGAAAUUGUGCCAAAUAGAACAAGAAAAUAGAAGCUCAUUGGUCAGAAGGUGGUCCUUAGAGGCGCACAGUAAUCUGGCAACCCUGUUCAAAUGAACUGUUUUACCUGUACAAAAAAUGCGCGCCGGUCGACCGUCGGCACCGCAACGGAUAAUUUAGUGGAAUUUUCUAAAAUAGCAAAGCAGCUACAGCUACGGCUACAAUAAUCCUCGUCGUCGGCAAUAGUGAGCGCAGCAGCAGCAGAGAGAGAAACAACAACAACAAGAGUACAACCAUUAUAAUCAAAGAUUAAAUCAGGUUUAUAUGGAAGGGUUAAAAAGAGCAAAACAGCCAGCCUGUCGCAGGAAGAAAUACACGUUUCCUAGUUGCAACAACAACAACGCCAAAUGAUUUUGAUUACAAAUACAAGGAGCGCGCACACAUACGCAUACAUAAAUACACACACAUACCUAAAUUGAUAUAAACGCGCUCAAUGAGAGAGCGUCGUCGCUACGGCUGCUAUGAAUGUGUGAGUGGGAGCGAGAGAGCAAGCACAGAUUAACUAGCAGUCAGCAGCAGUGGCAGCAGCGUCGACUUCGUAGCAGCACACUGCCGUUUUUUGCUCAGUUUUCAUUCGUGUGCGGUACGGUUAUGUUGCUGUUGUCGCGUUGCAUGUAAAGUAAAUAACAAGAUUUUUCCGCUAGGCAACAGCAAACAACAAAUGUGUGUGUACUUGAAUGGUGGCGGCAUUUGUUGAUAAAUAUACAAAGACAGAGUUGAAAUAACCGUUUCUUCUAUGUGCGAAAAUUUGCCACAAAAAAGUUGCUCUAGAUAGUAAAUGUAAGGAAACAAGUGAAAAUUAUGAUAAUCGUGAAGAACAUAGUUUAAAGAUAUAAUAGAAUAGCUAAAAGACAACUUACAGGCAGGCGGACCAGUUUGAAAAGCCUAUUUGCAGGGCGCAAUACUAAUACAACACACGCUGCCUUCGUCGACGUCGUCGUCAUCAUCUCAUCAUCGUUGUCUUUUGUGUCAGUGUGUGUGUGAAAGAGCAGGCGAUAGUUUGAGAGUGCGGUGGCUAGGCAGGCAAUUGAACAUACACACACGUACAUGCCAAGACAGCUACAGCAGUAACAACAACAGAGCCGACCGCCGACCACAUACGGUGAAAAGGCCGUCUUAGCGGCAGAGGCAGAAGACAGCAGUAUCGGCUAGUAGGCGAGCAAGGAGCGAAAGGCGCAGCAACGCGAGCAGCGAGCAAUAAGAAUAAUAAAUUACACUUUGCUAUAAUAAGAAGAAAAAUUUAUAUACACACAUACCUACUGACUGGCAUACACACACAUGUGCAAGAAGUAAUGUACUUUUGAACGUGUGUGCGUGUCUGUGAGUGCUGCGCACAUAGCUUGUGGAAAAUUGUAAUAAAAUAUGAACGCAACAACAACAAGUGAACGAAAAACGUAAGGCGGGGGCGCGCCAAUGGUGGAAAACUAAAAGUAAAGUGAAAAUUUGUGUGCGCUGCGCUGCUUAUUUCGUACGAGUGUGUGUUUCGAUAAAGUUUUGAAAGGCGAGCGCGAACACAUGCCGUUAGCUUGUGUGUUAACAUUUAGAUGCGGAAAUAAAUUCAAAGCAACAACUGAAUAAAAAAAAGAUAAACAAACAUAAAGAAGAAGUAAAAAAGAGAGAAAAAUUCAUGUGCCAUGUAAAACAAGAAAAACUCAGACUUCAAACUAACUAAAACGACAAAGGAAAGCUUUAAACAAAUAAAGAAACAAAAAUUAUAAAAAUUAAUUAAAAUAAUAUUAAGAUAAGUGCAACAGUAUUAGUAGAACACCAACCACCAUCAAGCACAAGCCAGCACCGCCAUUACUACCAGCAAAAUGUCCUGCAUAUCGAGCAACUUUAGCUCAUUCUUCCUCAACUCGUUGAACGAUCCUUCAGAGUUUUCCAAGUACUUGAGCAAUGGCGAGCUGAAAUGCACAAAUUUCGAAGAAUUUCAAGUGUUUGGCUGCGGCGCAGGCGCGCAAACGUCGCAGCAACAACAACUACAACAGUAUUCUCACACACAUCAGCAGCAGCCGCAGCAUAUGGCAAAUGGUGGCAACAGCAAUGGCGGCGGCGACUUCACAGGCUAUGACGUUCAGUCACAACAAGCGCAGCUACGUGAAGCUGCACCCACGCCCACAACCGCUUCACAUUAUGAACAUAAUUUGGCAGCAACAGCCGCCGCUGUGACAUCAGCAGCGCAACAGUCAGGGCCACCACUUGGAAGCAAUCGGUGGCCCACAGCUGUGGCUACUCCAAAUGGACACGCUCCAACGACACCGGGCAGUGUGCCACAACAUUUCGAUGGUUCCUUCGAGUUCAUAAAGUAUCUGCGCCACUCCACGGACUUUACGCCCGACUCUAGAGAUGCAACGGAUAAGACCAGCAAAACCCCCGCCUCGUCGCCAGCCGGCAACCGUCAGUGCCAAUCGCCUGCAGCCAGCAGCACGGCCAGCGGUAGUCUUAUUGAUCUGGACACGAGCACCUCCCAGAAAUCACGCUCCACCUCACGCAAGGUGGCUGCCCUGCUCUCUUCCGUUUCGCGUGCUUCCAACAGUCUCGAGACCUCAUCUUCGGCACUGGAUGUCUUCGAUCAUGACUCAAAACAGACAAUAUUUGAUCUGCAGCACAUGACCUCAAACGGUUCCUCCAACUCCAAUGAGUCUUCGCUAGAAAUGCUCGCCUUCCCUAGUUCUCAGCUCAAUGCCUCAAAUUCGAACACAUCGUCGGAGGGUGCAGCUUGUGGAAGUGCGGGCGAAUUUGGUGGACUACUCACAGGGGCCAGUUCCUCAUCCCAAUCAUCCUCACAUGCACCUAAGUUACUCGGCACGUUUGUGAUCAAUGAGAACUUCGAUGUGCAUCCCUCACACAAGGUCGAGGAGGGAAUCUUCCAGCACAUGAAUAAGCUGCCAUCAAAGAAGAAGGACACGCUCAAGCAGUUGGGCGUACGCUUCACGGGUCAAAUGACGUUGACGGACAAAUCGAUUGUGGUGGAGAAUUUCAUCAAGUUUUGCGAGGAAUAUGAAAUCAAGGAUCAUCGCCCAUUUCUGUCGUUAAAUCAAAGUGGCCUAAACAAACCAGAACAAAUUAAAUUUGCACGUUAUUUGGGCCAAGGAUUGCCAACGUUUACGCUAUUUUGCAUUUAUAGCAACUUUAAAAAUCUGUUUUGCACCAAACGCACGGAAAUGUAUACUAAAGAGGGCUACAAUCUGCCUUAUAUACUUGACAAAACCAAGCGCUUCCUGGCCAACACAACAGCUGAUCUGAAGAAUAUGGCAGCAGCCAAUGAUGGCACUCUCGAGUUUGCCAGCAGUAGCAGCAACAGUAACAACAGCAACAAUAGCUCCAGUAACAGCAACAACACCAACAACAAUAACAACAAUACCAUCAACUCGACUAGCCUAAAUAGCAGCAACAACCAUAGCAACAACAAUAACUAUACGACAACCGCAGUUGCCGCUGCCGCUGCGACCGCCGCACCCCCUCCGAUGGCGAUUGAUCCACGUUAUGGUUGUUCAAUGGCGCCGCUGUUGCCACCGCCGCUGCCACCGUUGGCGCCGCCGCCACGUUCCCUCGAACAGCUGAUCAUCUAUGAGAACUUCGAUGUGCACGAGACGCACCGGAUCGAGGACGGCGUCUGCACUCACAUCACCCGCCUGCCACCGAAGAAGCAGGAGCUAUUGAAACAGUUCGGUAUACAGAGUAGUAGCCAGCAAUGUCUGAGCAAUUAUGAAAAGUACAUAAUCAUCGAGAACUUCAUCAAGUUUUGCAAUGAAUAUCAGAUAUCCGAUCAUCGACCCUUUUUGGACUUCCACGAGAGCGCUUUAUCCAAAUGUGAACAACUUAAAUUUGUACGAUAUCUGGGCCAGGGGUUAUCCAAUUUGACGCUAAACAAGAUAUAUGUGGCAUUCAAGGAGCUGCUUGGCAGUGGCAGUCGUUUGGAAAAAGGGGGCAUGGAGAGUUACAAUUUGGAUGCCAUUUUGAAGAAGAAACGCAAAAAUCUCUAUAAUCGUUUGCAUGCGGCAGCGUCCAGUGGGGAAUUGCAGCCCAACUACGAAGUACAGCAACAGCAGCAACAACAGCAGCAGCAGCAGCAGCAAAAGCCCAACUCGUUAGCGACUUCCCGCCACGCUUUUGCCGCUUUAACGGCCACAGGGGCAGCGCGCAACGAAGUAUGCAACGAUUUGUCGCUUCCCAGUGUGCAGUACAGUUUCGUGCCACGGUAAAAGGCAAAGCUAAAGAUCUACCCGCAAUUAAAACACAUAUAAACAAAUACAUAUAUACUUCCUGGAACUGGACCAGUAACUGUUGUGUCUUCAAAAGAAAAAUUAUGCAAAAAAGCAAAAAAAUAAAACAGAAAAUUGUUAAGCAAAAUUAUGAAGAAUUAAUGAAAACUAAGUGCUAAAUUUUUAAAAAAGGAUAAAUUAGUAAAACUAGACUACAUGUUAACACAAAAUUAUAAAUUUAAAUGCAGGCAGCAGCAGUAGCUUUGGAAUUUAAAACAGAAUUAUUAACUAUUAUUUAAAUAUGCAAAUGCAUGCAAAUUAGUUUAAGGAACGUCAAACACCCCUACAUAUAUACAUACAUACAUACAUAUAUACGCAUAAUGCCUAGCACUAACAUUACAGUUGUGUUCGAAAAAAAAUUGAAGCCUUAGAAACUUUCUCAGCAGAUUCGUCUUCCAUUCAUUCUGAUGAUGCCUUCUCUAUGGAAGUUCUAUUAUCUUUCAUUCACCAAUUAAAGUCCUUAGAAACAUUCUCAGCAUGUUUGUCUUCCACUCAUCUUGAUAAUGUCUUCUACAGGAAGUGCUCUUGUCUUUUAUUUCAUUUUUUGAAAAGAAACGUUCUCUGCAGAAUCGUCUUCCACAAAUUCUGGUGAUGUAUUCUCAAUUAAAAUUAAUUUUAUUUAAAAAAAAAUUCAAAUUUAACUUCAUUGUUUUAAAUUGAGUCGAGGGGCCGGAAAAAAUAUCGAUCAUUAUGGGAAUUAUUGAAAAUUUUAACUUAAGCUAGAUCAUUAUUUUAACGAACUAUUAUUAUGUACCUGUAUAUUGAAUU